CCCCAUUCUCCCGCUUUCCAUCACCCCGCCCCAUAUUCCCGCUUUCCAUCACCCCGCCCCAUUCUCCCGCUUUCCAUCACCCUGCCCCAAUCUCCCGCUUUCCAUCACCCCACCCCAUUCUCCCUCCUUCCAUCACCCCGCCCCAUCCUCCCGCUUUCCAUCACCCCGCCCCAUUCUCCUGCUUUCCAUCACCCAGCCCCAUUCUCCCGCUUUCCAUCACCCCGCCCCAUUCUCCCGCUUUCCAUCACCCCGCCCCAUUCUCCCGCUUUCCAUCAUCCCGCCCUAUUCUCCCUCCUUCCAUCACCCCGCCCCAUUCUCCCGCUUUCCAUCACUCCGCCCCAUUCUCCCUCCUUCCAUCACCCCGCCCCAUUCUCCCUCCUUCCAUCACCCCGCCCCAUUCUCCCGCUUUCCAUCACCCCGCCCCAUUCUCCCACUUCCCACAACCCCACCCCAUUCUCCCGCCUUCUAUCACCCCGCCACAUUCUCCCACUUUCCAUCACCCCGCCCCCUUCUCUCUCCUUCCAUCACCCCGCCCCAUUUUCCCUCCUUCCAUCACCCCGCCCCAUUCUCCCGCUUUCCAUCAGCCCGCCCCAUUCUCCAGCUUUCCAUCACCCCUCCCCUUUCUCCCGCUUUCCAUCUCCCCGCCCCAUUCUCCCGCUUCCCAUCACCCCGCCCCAUUCUCCCGCUUUCCAUCACCCCGCCCCAUUCUUUCGCUUCCCAUCAUCCCGCCCCAUUCCCCCGCUUUCCAUCACCCCUCCCCAUUCUCCCUCCUUCCAUCACCCCGCCCCAUUCUCUCGCUUUCCAUCACCCCGCCCCAUUCUCCCGCUUUCCAUCACCCCGCCCCAUUCUCCCGCUUUCCAUCACCCCGCCCCAUUCUUCCUCCUUCCAUCAUCCCGCCCCAUUCUCCCGCUUUCCAUCACCCUGCUCCAUUCUCCCUCCUUCCAUCACCCCGCCCCAUUCUUCCUCAUUCCAUCACCCCGCCCCAUUCUCCCGCUUUCCAUCACCCCGCCCCAUUCUCCCGCUUCCCAUAACCCCACCCCAUUCUCCUGCUUUCCAUCACCACGCCACAUUUUCCCACUUUCCAUCACCCCGCCCCCUUCUCUCUCCUUCCAUCACCCCGCCCCAUUCUCCCUCCUUCCAUCACCCCGCCCCAUUCUCCCGCUUUCCAUCAGCCCGCCCCAUUCUCCCGCUUUCCAUCACCCCGCCCCUUUCUCCCGCUUUCCAUCACCCCGCCCCAUUCUCCCGCUUUCCAUCACCCCACCCCAUUCCCCAUUCUCCCGCUUUCCAUCACCCCGCCCCAUUCUCCCGCUUUCCAUCACCCCGCCCCAUUCUCCCGCUUUCCAUCACCCCGCCCCAUUCUCCCUCCUUCCAUCACCCGCCCCAUUCUCCCGCUUUCCAUCACCCCGCCCCAUUCUCCCUCCUUCCAUCACCCCGCCCCAUUCUCCCUCCUUCCAUCACCCCGCCCCAUUCUCCCGCUUUCCAUCACCCCGCCCUGUUCUCCCGCUUCCCAUAACCCCACCCCCUUCUCCCGCUUUCCAUCACCCCGCCACUUCUCCCGCUUUCUAUCACCCCGCCCCAUUCUCCCUCCUUCCAUCACCCCGCCCCAUUCUCCCCCUUUCCAUCACCCCGCCCCAUUCUCCCGCUUUCCAUCACCCCGCCCCAUUCUCCUGCUUUCCAUCACCCCGCCCCUUUCUCCCGCUUUCCAUCACCCCGCCCCAUUCUCCCGCUUACCAUCAUCCCGCCCCAUUCUCCCUCCUUCCAUCACCCCGCCCCAUUCUCCCGCUUUCCAUCACUCCGCCCCAUUCUCCCUCCUUCCAUCACCCCGCCCCAUUCUCCCUCCUUCCAUCACACCGCCCCAUUCUCCCGCUUUCCAUCACCCCGCCCCAUUCUCCCGCUUCCCAUAACCCCACCCCAUUCUCCCGCUUUCCAUCACCCCGCCACAUUCUCCCACUUUCCAUCACCCCGCCCCCUUCUCUCUCCUUCCAUCACCCCGCCCCAUUCUCCCUCCUUCCAUCACCCCGCCCCAUUCUCCCGCUUUCUAUCAGCCCGCCCCAUUCUCCCGCUUUCCAUCACCCCUCCCCUUUCUCCCGCUUUCCAUCUCCCCGCCCCAUUCUCCCGCUUUCCAUCACCCCGCCCCAUUCUCCCGCUUUCCAUCACCCCGCCCCAUUCUUCCGCUUCCCAUCAUCCCGCCCCAUUCCCCCGCUUUCCAUCACCCCUCCCCUUUCUGCCUCCUUCCAUCACCCCGCCCCAUUCUCUCGCUUUCCAUCACCCCGCCCCAUUCUCCCGCUUUCCAUCACCCCGCCCCAUUCUCCCGCUUUCCAUCACCCCGCCCCAUUCUUCCUCCUUCCAUCACCCCGCCCCAUUUUCCGCUUUCCAUCACCCCGCCCCAUUCUCCCUCCUUCCAUCACCCCGCCCCAUUCUCCCUCAUUCCAUCACCCCGCUCCAUUCUCCCGCUUUCCAUCACCCCGCCCUAUUCUCCCGCUUCCCAUAACCCCACCCCAUUCUCCCGCUUUCCAUCACCCCGCCACAUUUUCCCACUUUCCAUCACCCCGCCCCCUUCUUUCUCCUUCCAUCACCCCGCCCCAUUCUCCCUCCUUCCAUCACCCCGCCCCAUUCUCCCGCUUUCCAUCAGCCCGCCCCAUUCUCCCGCUGUCCAUCACCCCGCCCCUUUCUCCCGCUUUCCAUCACCCCGCCCCAUUCUCCCGCUUUCCAUCACCCCGCCCCAUUCUCCCGCUUUCCAUCACUCCGCCCCAUUCUCCUGCUUUCCAUCACCCCGACCCAUUCUCCCACUUUCCAUCACCCCGCCCCAUUCUCCCUUCUUCCAUCACCCCGCCUCAUUCUCCCUCCUUCCAUCACCCCGCCCCAUUCUCCUGCUUUCCACCACCCCGCCCCAUUUUUCCUCUUUCCAUCACCCCGCCCCAUUCUCCCGCUUUCCAUCACCCUGCCCCAAUCUCCCGCUUUCCAUCACCCCGCCCCAUUCUCCCUCCUUCCAUCACUUCGCCCCAUUCUCCCUCCUUCCAUCACCCCGCCCCAUUCUCCCUUCUUCCAUCACCCCACCCCAUUCUCCCGCUUUCCAUCACCCCGCCACAUUUUCCCACUUUCCAUCACCCCGCCCCCUUCUUUCUCCUUCCAUCACCCCGCCCCAUUCUCCCUCCUUCCAUCACCCCGCCCCAUUCUCCCGCUUUCCAUCAGCCCGCCCCAUUCUCCCGCUGUCCAUCACCCCGCCCCUUUCUCCCGCUUUCCAUCACCCCGCCCCAUUCUCCCGCUUUCCAUCACCCCGCCCCAUUCUCCCGCUUUCCAUCACUCCGCCCCAUUCUCCCGCUUUCCAUCACCCCGACCAAUUCUCCCACUUUCCAUCACCCCGUCCCAUUCUCCCUUCUUCCAUCACCCCGCCUCAUUCUCCCUCCUUCCAUCACCCCGCCCCAUUCUCCUGCUUUCCACCACCCCGCCCCAUUUUUCCUCUUUCCAUCACCCCGCCCCAUUCUCCCGCUUUCCAUCACCCUGCCCCAAUCUCCCGCUUUCCAUCACCCCGCCCCAUUCUCCCUCCUUCCGUCAGCCCGCCCCAUUCUCCCGCUUUCCAUCACCCCUCCGCUUUCUCCCGCUUUCCAUCUCCCCGCCCCAUUCUCCCGCUUUCCAUCACCCCGCCCCAUUCUCCCGCUUUCCAUCACCCCGCCCCAUUCUUCCGCUUCCCAUCAUCCCGCCCCAUUCCCCCGCUUUCCAUCACCCCUCCCCUUUCUUCCUCCUUCCAUCACCCCGCCCCAUUCUCUCGCUUUCCAUCACCCCGCCCCAUUCUCCCGCUUUCCAUCACCCCGCCCCAUUCUCCCGCUUUCCAUCACCCCGCCCCAUUCUUCCUCCUUCCAUCACCCCGCCCCAUUCUCCCGCUUUCCAUCACCCCGCCCCAUUCUCCCUCCUUCCAUCACCCCGCCCCAUUCUCCCUCAUUCCAUCACCCCGCUCCAUUCUCCCGCUUUCCAUCACCCCGCCCUAUUCUCCCGCUUCCCAUAACCCCACCCCAUUCUCCCGCUUUCCAUCACCGCGCCACAUUUUCCCACUUUCCAUCACCCCGCCCCCUUCUUUCUCCUUCCAUCACCCCGCCCCAUUCUCCCUCCUUCCAUCACCCCGGCCCAUUCUCCCGCUUUCCAUCAGCCCGCCCCAUUCUCCCGCUGUCCAUCACCCCGCCCCAUUCUCCCGCUUUCCAUCACCCUGACCCAUUCUCCCUCCUUCCAUCACCCCGCCCCAUUCUCCCUCCUUCCAUCACCCCGCCCCAUUCUCCCGCUUUCCAUCACCCCGCCCCAUUCUCCCGCUUUCCAUCACCCCGCUCCAUUCUCCCGCCUUCCAUCAUCCCGCCCCAUUCUCCCGCUUUCCAUCACCCCGCCCCAUUCUCCCGCUUUCCAUCACUCCGCCCCAUUCUCCCGCUUUCCAUCACCCCGACCCAUUCUCCCACUUUCCAUCACCCCGCCCCAUUCUCCCUCCUUCCAUCACCCCGCCCCAUUCUCCCGCUUUCCAUCUCCCCGCCCCAUUCUCCCACUUUCCAUCACCCCGCCCCAUUUUCCCGCUUUCCAUCACCCCGCCCCAUUCUUCCGCUUCCCAUCAUCCCGCCCCAUUCCCCCGCUUUCCAUCACCCCACCCCAUUCUCCCUCCUUCCAUCACCCCGCCCCAUUCUCCCGCUUUCCAUCACCCCGCCCCAUUCUCCCGCUUUCCAUCACCCAGCCCCAUUCUCCCGCUUUCCAUCACCCCGCCCCAUUCUCCCGCUUUCCAUCACCCCGCCCCAUUCUCCCGCUUUCCAUCACCCCGCCCCAUUCUCCCUCCUUCCAUCACCCCGCCCCAUUCUCCCGCUUUCCAUCACCCCGCCCCAUUCUCCCUCCUUCCAUCACCCCGCCCCAUUCUCCCUCCUUCCAUCACCCCGCCCCAUUCUCCCGCUUUCCAUCACCACGCCCUGUUCUCCCGCUUCCCAUAACCCCACCCCCUUCUCCCGCUUUCCAUCACCCCGCCACAUUCUCCCGCUUUCUAUCACCCCGCCCCAUUCUCCCUCCUUCCAUCAACCCGCCCCAUUCUCCCCCUUUCCAUCACCCCGCCCCAUUCUCCCGAUUUCCAUCACCCCGCCCCAUUCUCCCGCUUUCCAUCACCCCGCCCCUUUCUCCCGCUUUCCAUCACCCCGCCCCAUUCUCCCGCUUACCAUCAUCCCGCCCCAUUCUCCCUCCUUCCAUCACCCCGCCCCAUUCUCCCGCUUUCCAUCACUCCGCCCCAUUCUCCCUCCUUCCAUCACCCCGCCCCAUUCUCCCUCCUUCCAUCACCCCGCCCCAUUCUCCCGCUUUCCAUCACCCCGCCCCAUUCUCCCGCUUCCCAUAACCCCACCCCAUUCUCCCGCUUUCCAUCACCCCGCCACAUUCUCCCACUUUCCAUCACCCCGCCCCCUUCUCUCUCCUUCCAUCACCCCGCCCCAUUCUCCCUCCUUCCGUCAGCCCGCCCCAUUCUCCCGCUUUCCAUCACCCCUCCGCUUUCUCCCGCUUUCCAUCUCCCCGCCCCAUUCUCCCGCUUUCCAUCACCCCGCCCCAUUCUCCCGCUUUCCAUCACCCCGCCCCAUUCUUCCGCUUCCCAUCAUCCCGCCCCAUUCCCCCGCUUUCCAUCACCCCUCCCCUUUCUUCCUCCUUCCAUCACCCCGCCCCAUUCUCUCCCUUUCCAUCACCCCGCCCCAUUCUCCCGCUUUCCAUCACCCCGCCCCAUUCUCCCGCUUUCCAUCACCCCGCCCCAUUCUUCCUCCUUCCAUCACCCCGCCCCAUUCUCCCGCUUUCCAUCACCCCGCCCCAUUCUCCCUCCUUCCAUCACCCCGCCCCAUUCUCCCUCAUUCCAUCACCCCGCUCCAUUCUCCCGCUUUCCAUCACCCCGCCCUAUUCUCCCGCUUCCCAUAA